AUGCUACUCCAAAAUCUCCUCACUAUCGUGGCUGGCCUACUAGUACCUGCAGGUGCCAGAAGCAUACAGCGAUCCACAAGUAAAACAUCCCCUCUCAUAGCAACGCAGUAUGGAACUGUUUUUGAUGCUCCAGUCACAAUCGGAAACCAGACCUUCAUGCUCCUUGUGGACACCGGCAGCAGUGACACCUAUGUGAUGCAAACCGGAUACAAAUGCGUCAACAGCACCGACAACCUCGUCAUACCAGAAAGGGAUUGCCUCUACGCAAAUAAGACAUAUCACAUAUCCAAAACAUAUCGCCAUGUCCGCAACGAGAUGUUCGGCGUGGAGUACGGCGCAGGACUCGCGAGCGGUCUCAUGGCCUAUGAAGAAGUGUCUAUGAGCGGCGUCACCGUCAACACGCAGAAGAUAGCUAUCUCAAAUAACUCCAAUCCCAUGGGUGAUGGAGUGAAUAGCGGGUUACUCGGUCUGGGGUACCCAUCUAUCACCUCCGCACACCCUGCUAAUCACACAUCCAACAGUACAUAUUGGCACGAUCGUCUAGUUUACAGCCCUGUGCUGUUUACAAUGUAUGAACAGGGCAUGAUCGAUCCAUACUUCAGCCUCGCGCUCGCACAUACCCCCCAGAAUCAAUCGACUUCUUUUGGAGGAUACAUGACGCUUGGUGGGCUUCCACCCGUCAAUCACAGUUCCCACUUCUCCGCAGUCCCUGUCGAGGUCACGGACAACAUUCCGCUGUGGUAUACAUCAGGGAAAAGUGUCCGAUCUUACUGGACAACCACUGUUCGCAAUAUCACUUACGGUCUAUCCCGGAAUAACCUGACUACCAAUACAACCUCGUUUCAAGCAUUCGUCGACUCAGGGAACUAUAUUUCGUACCUUCCAUCCGCGAUCGUUGAUUCGAUCAAUGCUCUCUUUUCGCCUCCUGCAACUUAUGACUCUGACCUUGGUUUGUAUAUUAUUGAUUGCUCGGCCAAAGCACCGGAAUUCGGCCUAUCGCUUGGGGACCAGACAUUCUACCAUGAUGGCUCCGAUCUUAUCUACCAGACCUCCGAGGGAGUUUGCGUGUCUAGUCUGGCUUCGUCUGCGGAAGUCUCUCUCGGUGAUGUCACACUGAACAUUAUUGGCGUUCCGUUCUUGAAAAACGUCGUGGCUGUGUUUGACUUUGGGAAGAAUGAGAUGCGGUUCGCUAGGAAGAUAGGCUCGGGGAAUACUACCUCUACACUUCCUGUUUCUCGUGCACUAGUGCGAUAUCAUAGCCAGUACGGUGCCUUGAUUGCUUUGUUCUUGGCGUUGACUACUUCACUGAUGGUAUAA